UUUUUUCUCUCUCUCUCUCUCUCUACACAUAUAGAGAACAAAGGUAUAAGGAGUGGAGCAGUGGCCAUGUAUGGGCAGCCUGCGCAGCGAGCGCAAAGCCAGGCGUUGGCUGGGAUAUUCUACGGCUUGGCCCAGCAAGGCCCAAACAGUGAUCAGGUCCUAAGGGCACCACGGCUUUGUGAAGAGCUGCAGAGGGUUGUGCAAAGCGUGCAACUCGAGGGUGACGAUUUUCGUCAGCUCAAAGUAUCCUGGGUCAUUUCCAACCUUGAAGAGGCACGAAAGGAUCCCGAGAAAUGCUCACUCGUUGCUGCGGCCAUUUUUCUUGGGACUGCGCAGGCAUGUCUGAAGGGAAACUACACCUGUGAGAGCUCCUGCAAGAUGGUGGAUUGCCGACAUUUGGUCAGACCGAUUUCGUGCUUGCAUCGCCCUGGAAGAAUGCCUAUGCAGAGCAGAUUGAAGGCUUCAGGACAGAAGCAACAGAUUAUAUGCCAAAACGGUUCUCAUCGGCGCGUCUGGCCAAUUCGCUGCUGUGACCCGCUUGAUAUGGCUCUUCACCUUUCAUACUCAGAAUGCAGACGUGUGGCUCUUCUCAGGUGUACUGGGAUGGAACAUCCACAAAGCCAGUGCAGGUUGUAUCACAAUAUUCAUGAGGAUCAGCUCUUCUUCCGGACAACCUACUUUGAGGCUUUUGAACGACUUGAGGAAGACAUCCAGGCAGUGCCUGACGAAUCCAUCAAGGAGGGUGGAAUCAUUUAUUCCUCUGGCGUCGGAAUUCUGCGUGGUUCACUUCGAGAUGGUGCGCCGUGGGUUGAGCAGCCUCCCCAAGUGGAUGUCAUAUGGUUUGGAUUGCCCUUGCAUCCUCACCAUGGCGAGCAGGAGAUCUAUUCCCAAGAAGAGGAGAUGAACUUGGUUUCUUCUACGUUGGAUCGGGUCUUUGCGUGGGCCUGUGCUCAUGGUGCUGACGCAGUCGUCAUGCCUCCAUUUGCCUGUGAUAUCGGUGGAUUGCUUCAUCCCAGGCUGCACUUUGCAGGUCUGGUCCACGAGGUCUCCAAGCUGCAUGAGCGUCACCUUCCAGUGGUUGGCAUUGCCUCUGAGCACCCUGCGCACUGCAAGGCAAGCUGGUGGGACGACUUUGCACAGGCUGCCAUAAAUGGGAGACCAGUGCCUCCCCCCCUUGUCCACGUGCCUCGGAUCCCUCUCAUGGCCGACAAACUCGUUGGCAAGGAUACAAGCGCUCUCCUGGAAAAAAGACGCGCGCAGCAAGGUGUUUGGUCAGUGCCAGGAAGCCGGCGCUUGCGGGCUUCCUUCGUUUGACUGCAAAGUAAACCAACAAAACAUAGACCGUUUAGACUCAAGUUUAGACCGUUCAAAGUUCCCUUUUCACGCUGUGAACGCAGUUCAUUACCCUCCGAAGAGCGGAGGGUUGCAAGGAAGACGUCAACAAGUGCACGUUAAUUUUUCUUUAUUGUUUCUGC